AUGGCGGCAGGGCAGGAGUUGAACAGAGUCACCGGAGCAAUGAUGUUGGCGAAGGAAGAGGGCGAAGGGCGCAGUGCGGUGAUAACGCAAAAAGCAGUUAAAGACCCAAACCAAAGCGACAAAACCCUAGCCCGGCCGCUGUCUCCGGGUUCUCAGCGCUUCCGCUUCUUCCUCUUCCCCUGUCCGAAACCAGGUAGCUCGGCACGUCGUACCCAUUCUCGCUGGCUUCUCUGUUCGUGGCUUGGAGCAGUUCGCCGUCGGAUCACCGCUUGCCGUCGUCUCGCCGGUUGCCGUCGUGGCAAACCUACGUCGAUGACCACCUUCUCUGCGAAAUUGAAGGCAACCACCUCUCCUCCGCCGCAAUCGUCGGCCAAGACGGCAGUGUUUGGGCUCAGAGCUCUAAUUUCCCUCAGUUCAAGCCUGAGGAAAUUACUGCUAUCAUGAACGACUUUGCUGAGCCU